AUGUGGAGAAAUGGUAUUGUGUAUAGAGCAGUGAAAAAUUUUGUGCGACAUAAUAGUACCAAUAAUGCUGCUAAGAAUUUGAAAUCUAUUAAGGUCGAGGAUAUUCAGAAUAGGAUUGAAAAUAUACCAAUUGAGAACUACCGUAACUUUUCAAUUGUGGCCCACAUUGAUCAUGGUAAGUCCACUUUAUCUGAUAGAUUACUUGAAAUAACUGGGGUUAUAAGCAAAACUGAAGGUACAUCUGGACAACGAGUUUUAGAUAAAUUAGAGGUCGAAAAAGAGAGAGGGAUUACCAUCAAGGCUCAAACAUGCUCAAUGAUUUAUAAUGAUAAAAGGAAUGGUCAAGAUUUUCUUUUGCAUUUAAUUGACACUCCAGGUCAUGUCGAUUUUAGAGAUGAGGUUUCAAGAUCAUAUAAAGCGUGCAAUGGUGCAAUAUUAUUAGUCGAUGCAUCAAAAGGUGUUCAGUCACAAACUGUAGCAAAUUUUUAUUUGGCAUACAGUAUGGGAUUGAAAUUGAUCCCUGUAAUAAAUAAGAUAGAUUUGAACGUAGCAGAGGUUGAAAAAACAGCAGGACAAAUUGAAUCUACAUUUGAAAUGUCACAGGAUGAAAUUAUUAAAGUUAGCUCAAAAUCAGGUAUAAAUAUUCAAGAAAAGCUUUUGCCUGCUGUGAUUGAUAGAAUACCUCCACCAACUGGUAUCAAGAAUAAGCCAUUCAGAGCUCUCUUGGUUGACUCAUGGUAUGAUUCAUAUCUAGGUGUAGUAUUACUAGUUCAUGUAGUUGAUGGAUCUAUCAAAAAAGGUGAUAAAAUUUCUAGUGCAAUUACUCAAAUGAAGUAUGAAAUUAAAGAAAUUGGUAUUAUGCACCCAGAUAGAGUUAAUACUGGUAAAUUAACCACGGGUCAAGUAGGUUACAUAGUUCCUGGCAUGAAAAAUUCUCAAGAUGCUAAAAUUGGUGAUACUUUUAUGAAAGUUGGACUAGAGUCACAAACAGAAAUCCUACCUGGAUUUGAAGAAACAAAACCUAUGGUCUUUGUUGGUGCGUUCCCAGCAGAUGGUGUCGAAUUCAAGGCACUUGAUGACGAUAUCAAUAGGUUAGUUUUAAACGAUAAAUCAGUUACAAUUGAAAUGGAGAAUUCUAAUGCCUUGGGACAAGGUUGGAGAUUAGGAUUUCUUGGUUCCCUACAUGCAUCUGUUUUUAAAGAAAGAUUGGAAAAGGAAUAUGGGUCACAAUUGAUUAUUACUCAACCCACAGUUCCAUAUUUAAUUGAAUAUGAAGAUGGUACCAUUAAGGAAGUUACUAAUCCAAACGAAUUUCCUACAAAUCGUAAAGCAAAAGGUGUAAAGAGUAUUGCCAAUGUACAAGAACCGUAUGUUGAAGCUAUAAUGACUUUGCCUGAUGAAUAUUUAGGUAAUGUGAUUACUCUUUGUGACAAUCAUCGUGGUAAACAAGUUGAAAUCAAGUACAUGGAUAGUGGUCAAUCAAAUGCGAUUAAACAAGUAAUGCUAAGGUAUGAAAUACCAUUAUUUGAACUAGUAGAUAAUUUUUUUGGAAGAUUGAAAUCCGUUAGUCAAGGUUAUGCUACUUUAGACUAUGAAGAUAUUGGAUUCCGUCCAUCUGAUAUUGUCAAAUUAGAAUUAUUAAUCAAUGGAACCACUAUUGACGCAAUAACCAGUAUAUUGCAUAGAUCCAAAGUUAAUAAAGUUGGUACAGAAUGGGUUAAAAAUUUUAAAAAAUAUGUUAAAUCCCAACAGUAUGAAGUUGUUAUCCAAGCAAGGAUUAAUAAUUCAAAGAUUAUCGCUAGGGAGACAAUUAAAGCUAGACGUAAGGAUGUCUUAGCCAAGUUACAUGCAAGUGAUAUAACAAGACGUAAGAAACUGUUAGUCAAGCAGAAAGAAGGUAAAAAAAAAUUGAAAAUGAGGAGUAUAGGUAAUAUUCAAAUCAAUACAGAUGCAUAUCAAGAAUUUUUAAGGAGAUGA